GCUCACUCUAGUCAAGUGCUCUAUGCUGCACAUCUUGCAGUGACUGGAAGGACUGGAGCCUUAUAGAAAUAUGACAGAUGAGGUGUAUUGAUGAAUUCAAGUCCAGUAAUUUACUAAUGGUGUUUCCAAGUGACUUGUAUGUUGAAAAUGUGCUAUAUCGCUAAAAGAAUCAGAAGAAACCAAUAGCAGACUGUAUCGAGUGUUUAUAUGGAGCUAGCUGAAACCUGAAAGACAACAACUUAAAAAGAAAAUUACUUCUCUGUAAACAGCUUGAAAGAAGCAAUACCAACUCUGACUUUUCUGAGCUAAGUGCUGCAUGAAAUUCAUAAUGGCUCACAGAGAAUGUUCCCUUAGACACCAAGAAAAUGGUAAGAAACAAGAUUUUCUGCAAGAACACAGGAUGCAUUGUUCAUCUGCAGCUGUGGUAAAUCCAAGCAACAUUUAUUCGUAGUUCGAGUAAAUGCCUUUAAAAUGCAUAACUAGUCACCAGGUGAAUCUGUAUUUAGAGCUGUCAUGUCAGCAGCAAGAGGCAUCUCCUUUUAACUUCUGAUUGUGAUUAACAUGCUUUGGGACAGGACUCUUGGAAAUAAAGAGACAAGCACCUUACAGAACGUGUGGGAGAAGGGUGAAAACUGUUGCAGAUUACUACAUUUAUGCAUCAAUACCAAAGUUAAGAUGACCUACAAAACAGUAUAAUGAUUCCAGGAGCGGUGUUAUAUUAAGGUAGGUAACUAAAUCAAAUGCCUGCUACCAGUACUUGCUCAGAAAUACAUAAGAAAAGGGAAGGGUUCUGCUAGUUCUGAAAAAAACCCGCAAAACCCAACCAAACAAAAACCCCCGACAAAACAACAGAAGGUACGUUGAAUUUCAGCCAUGCAAGAGUGUGGUCUACUACCCACAUCUUGAGUAUUGUCUGAAGUUAGGGUCUCCACAUCUUGGGAGGGACAUGGGGUUAAAACAGGUACAAAGGCAAGUAAAAUGAUUUAGGUCUAGAGCAACUGCUUUAUGAGAGAGAAACUAGAAGGAAAAUACUUAAAUCUGGACUGGAGAAAGCUGAUGAGAGAUAUUGGUGAUGGUUACAAAAUCAUGAAGGUUGUGGAUAAAAUGGAUAUAUAACCUUUAUUGAUCAAAUUUUACAGUACACUAAUUGAAACUAGUAGGAGAUUGGUUUAAAAGGGAUGAAAGAAAAUGCUCCUUUACACAGUGGGUAGUGAAUUUCUGCAGAUUUGUAGCACAGAAUCUUAUGAAAGCAGGCAGUGCAAAAAGAGUUCAGGUGAAUUUGUGGAAAACAGGUUUAUAAGCAUAUACUAAAGGCAACAGUCAUGGGUGUACUUUGAAACAGCUAAUUCUACUGACUACAUGUGCUGGGGCUGUGAGCAGAACAGACUACAGACGGCUUGCAUGCACUGUCUAAAUAGCACUUUCUGUUGUUGCAACAGAAUGCUGAGCACGGUAAAACAUUGCUCAGAGCCAGUGGGGCAUUUCUUAGCCCUUAUGAUCCUCUGCUCUGGGUAUCUUUUUGAUUAUUUGUUUAAUUUCAUUUCCCAUCCUCCUCUUCAUAAGGUUUGCCUUGUGGUUUGAUGCAGUCAAAAAGUAAUGAAAAAUACUGAGCUUUAUUAAACAGAAUAAAAUUCACUAAAGCCAUGGACUUUUGCAGGGUUUUCAACAAAACCAUUAAUUCAUCAGAAAAUCCAUGGGAAGAAAGAGAAUUUAUUCAAAAACUGUCUCAUGUUUGUGAAUUAUGGCUAAAUUACUGAUAAGCCAAAGCUAUGUUUUUUGGGUCCUGUUGAGAUUCUGUGACAAGCAGCACAUAGUUGUCUAUGCCUUUCAUUAGCUAAAUACAUAGGUAGUUUGAUGUGUACCCAUUUGAGGGUCCCUUGCAAAGGUUUAUUACUUCAUGAUAAUAUAAUAAGGCUACCCUGCAGUGCAGGUACAUCUUCUCAGAUAAUAGGUUUAUUAUAGUUGGGAGUAUGGCAUCUAAGAAUAGCAUUUUCUCCUGAGAUGGACAGAUGGAUGGAUGGAUUAAAAAAAAAAAAGAAAAAGAGAGAAAUAUUGGAGACAAACUGUACUGAGAGAAGGAUAUGAAUUCAUAGACUGUUCAUGUUGGAUUUUCUUCUGUUCUUACUGCCUCCUCAUUUAUAAUGUUCAUUGAGAGAUGACAUUUAACAAGACAUUAACAUUAAUGACAUGGAUAUUGCAGCAUGUUUAACUGAGUCAAAAUAUUUCUUGAAGUAAGUCAUUCUACUUUACAAAACAAAUUUGAGAAUACAUUUCUUCUAUGUAUCAUAUAUCAUCUUUUAUAAUCAUUUAUUUGCUUUGGUAAUUUUAAGUCAUACUGAAAAAUUCACAUUCCUCUGUUGCCAAAUAAACUUCAUUGAAAGUUAAAGGAAUAAACAAAAGCAAUCUGGCAUAUGCACUUGAAUAUCUAUCUCGAAAACUAAUCAUUCACCAGUUUAAUAUGAAAUACAGACACUUGGAAACUGUUCCAUACAGCAGAGGGCAGCAGUGGUAAAAUGGCGUCUCAAGUAGAUGAUUACAGUGAGUCUACUUUUAUCGUCUUUAAUAUAAUGUAGCUCAACCAGUAAAACCAAAAACUCUUCAGUAAAACCAGGGUUAAAUCUUUGAUUUCAGUUUUCUUGAUCUUCAUGUCGGCAUUUAUUUUGAUUAAUAAGAGAAAAUUAUUCUCAUACGUGGUUUCCAAAUUCAGGGCUAGAAUUACUGUGGUUUUCACUUCAUAGAAAGGUCACUGAACCUCCUACUCUAUUAACUUUUCUCUUUUUCUUUGAACAAAUGAAAUAAAAUCUGGUUCUGGAUUAGAAAAUAGACAUAUUUUUCCUGAGAUCAUAAAUUGCUAGUUCCACAGAUGCAUUUUAUUAGGGAUUGCUUCAUUACAUUCUAGUGGUCAAUAUCCUGUUAUACUGCCCCUCAAUCAGUGAAUUCUUUUUCAUGAGUAUAAAAAUUAUUGGAAAGCCUUUAUAAAUUAAACAAGUAGCAGAUGUAAUGAAGAUUGGUUGUGUCAAAUGGCUUUGCAUCUUUUCUUUGGAUUCUUUGUUUUGAAUAAGAUGGUUUAGGGCAUUUGUAACAUUUCUCUUACAGUUUCUUUCAUGUCUAUAGCUGACUCUUAUGUCUGCAGCUUUCCUGCAUGUAAAUACCUGUAGAAUGCUCCUUCUACCCUGUGUUUUGCACAGAACUUGCAAGAAUAUAUUUGAAAGUGGCAAAAUUGUUAAAGACUUACUGUAGUGGAAGGAUUGGCGGAAUUCAUACAGAGAUGAGGAGGGAUUUAACCAGCAAAAUGUGGUUAAUAGUACAAAUGUCUACAAGAAAGACAAUCUCUCCAGGCUCUCUUAGCUGUCAAGGAAGUUAUCAUAAAUAUAAUCACAGAGGCUAGACGGCAAUUCCUCUCAUCCAAAAAUUUAUUCUAGAAUAGGCCAGACAAACUGUCUCUUAUAAUGCCUUUCUCUCUAAUGACUAUACAGGGAGCCUAGGGUGACUUGCCCAGAUAGAGACUUCCACAUACACCAAAUUUAGAUAAGGUCAGUCCUGGCUACACACACAGAUCCUGGCUGUUUAAGCCUCGCUUCCUCAGGAGAUCACACUGAAAAAACGCAAAACAAACCCUCUUUAAAUGAGGGAAAAAAUGAAAAUAAAAUAAAGAGAAAAGGUAAAUAAUUAAGACUAUGCUCAUGUAUGUAUAAUAAAGGUAGGAAAGUUGUUUUUUUUAAAAAAAAACAUAGGUGAAAGAGAAUUAGUGGGCUUCAUGCAUAUGUUAAAAAGUUUCUGUGGAACUCUUGUAUUAGCUUUUACGGAAAACAUUUGGAUCAAAGACCAAAGAACUGCAGGCAGGUUAAGGGUGUCAGCUUUACUGUACAGUUUGUAGUUUUUUAAAGAAUUGGUUAAUCAACAUACAGCUACACAUUUGCAUUCAGAAAGAUUUAAUUCAGCUUUAUAGAUGUGUUAAAGAAGAGAUAAUAUAAAGGAACAUGCCAAAAGGGAGCAGGGUGCAUUUUUCCCUCUCUCAUGUGGAUAUACUUCUCUCUUUCAAAAUGAUGAUAAAGAUAGUCUUUGGCAGGUGUAUAUCAGAUUUUUUUCUGCAGUGAGAGAGCAAACUGGAGUUAAUACGUACCCAGUUAGCACAGUGUGCAGACAGUCAGUGCGCCUGUGUCAUUUAUUGCCUUUGAUUGACAAGAUUUGCUUGUAGAAGAGUUCCGUGUCACUCAAAAGGAGGCAUAGAAACAAUGCAGUGAGUCAUCACUCAGAAGAUGGGGAGGAAAUCCAGUACUUCGGAUGUAUCCUUUCUCCAGACUUUCAUCUGAAGAUGUUUUUCUUGGCCUCAUCUGUACAGAUGAGACAUGAGGAGCGAAGAAGCAGCUAAAAGACUGUGGUUCUUUCUGUACUGUUGAAGGAAUUUGUUCAGUAGAGAGAAAGGCUUGAAAAAUCUCUACAGAGGAACCAUAGGUACCAAACUGUUGCUAUGCUGCAGAUUGCUGAUUUGCUUUUUAAGACAUAAUGUACGGUUACUUGGGUGGAUUUCUAACUCUUAUUCUUUUUACAUCCUUUUAGUCUUUUUGUUAGCUUUAAGCUGAGCAUAUUCUGUCUAGCACAGUGCUUUGAAGUUAGCAUUUCAGAAUUUUCUAAAAUUAUAAUUACCACCGACUCUUUCACCAAAAUCUGUAUAGCCUAAUUCCAAAUUAAAGGCCACUGUGACUGAUGGAGCUGGAUUGGUCACUGAACUAAAAGUUGAUGCCUACAGGCAUCUGUUCAUUUCUUGAUUUAAUAUAGGUGUACGUAUAUAUGAAUAGUUCUAAACAAAAUAUACACAGCUGAUACUUUAAAAAGACUCUUUCCUUAAAGCUGAAAAUAAUGAUGAGCAAAAAUGGAUGAGUGGAGGUUUUUAAAAGUAAAAUGAGAAUUAUUACUGGUGACUAAGAAAAUCCUAUUAAACAGAAAUAGCACAAAUUCAGCAGUCAUUACAGAAGGCAAAUUUGUCUUAAAAAGUAAUGUUUAAAAAUCGUAACAAAAAUUUUUGUCAAAAAUCAUGUAUUUUGCUUUAUCAAUUUUCUGAACAUCAUGUAUUAACUUGUACUGUGUGCCCUCUUCUUCCAAUUGUAUUUCUAUAUAGAGCAAGCCAAAACCAGGACAGCAAUAUAAAUAUGCCAUCAAAUAAUGUAUAAAAUAAAAAGGAAAAAAAAAAGGCUGAUGGCAAUGAGAACAAGUAUGUAGACAGAGUCAACAUUUAUGGAAAAAAAAAAAAGCACAAGUAUUAAAAACAAAAGGCUGUUAGAUACUAAGCUUAAUGACAAAGAAAUAUUUAAUAGUAUAUCAAAACCAAAGUAAUCAGUAUGAAACCAAAGUAUUCAGUAAUAACUAUCAAAACCACAGUAAAUUCUAGCCCUCGUGUAAGGUCUAGAUAAGAGCGUUUGAAAGUGUAUGUAUGUGUAAGUUCAUAUAAGUAUAUCAAGAUUCUAGCUUUGGAAAGAAAUAGUACGUGUAGUGCCUUAUUCUGAUAUAAAGAUACUUUCUACUCUGUCAUAACCAAGCAAUUAUUUCAGUUAAAUGUUUUCACAUCUGCUGGACAGGACAGCAUAUAGUUAGCUGGAAGCAUUGGUCACAGAGCAUUGUGAACCAUUAAUGUUUGUUUUAAAAAACAUGUUUAUUUUAAAAAAAACCACAUCUUGGACUGUGGUGAAAUUUCAAGAAUAGAAGAAAAGCUUAAAUGGCUCCAAUAUUUUACAAAGGGUAACCAGGAUGGCUGGGUAUCUAUAGGCCAUCUCACUAGACAUUAAUCCUAGCCAACAGCAGGGAAAGGCGCGGUACAAUGCAGCCAGUGAAGAGUUAAAAGACAGUAGCACAGCUAAUAUAAUCAAUAUGAUUAUAUGGGAAACAGAUCUGGACAAACCAACUGUGAUGGGUUUUCCAUAAGACUAUAAACUUGUCUGACAGAGUUAACAGUGCAGAAGCCCAGGCUUCCAUGAAGCUUUCACCUAAUUCCUGAAUGACUGCAAUUAAAGAAAAAAAAAAUUACUAGAUGGGAUCCCAUAAAGCAAUAUUGACCCAAUUAAAUGAAUCAUGAAUGGCAAGUUAAUAAAUACAUUAGGACUUGAAAGCCAGUUGUCACUGUAAAAUAGGAGUAUAGGCUUUCAGGAGGGUGGUUUUGAUCAAAUUUCCCUCAGCACUAAAAAGAAAAAAUAGAAACUACUAAGGCCAAAAUUUAUAGAGAAGGUGGAAAUUCCACCAGAAAAAUGGUGGAAACAUUGUACUCUAGGAGAGCAGAAGAGGCAUUCAUUGAACAGUCUGAAUUUUAGCAAUCUAAGAAAGGGUCCCAAACUAAAAAAAAAAAAAAAAAAGUUGGAGUCACAUUGACAGGGUGAGGGAUGGUGUCCUGGAACACUGACCUGAUAACAUGGUGGAUAAUUAGCUGAUAGUGAGUGCCCAAUGUAGUCCUGUGGGUGAGACUGUGAACACAGUUUUAGAUACAAAGGCUGAGAUGUACUAAGUAGGAAAUUCUAUUUCCUUUAUAGACGACGUCAGUGUAAACCAUCACUGGAGUAAUGUGUACAAAUUCUAAGCACCAGUAAGACACAUGGAAAACUUGUGAUAAUACUCAGAAAAAAAUAUAUGAGUCAACACCUUGGAGAUAUGUCUUCUUAUGAGAUGUAAAAUUAAUGUCCUUACUUUAUCCAAAAAAUGUUGGCAUAUGCUUAUGUUGGUAACAGGUUUUUUUUCUGUAUUGGAUGUUUAGUGAAAAAACAUAGUACCUGAAGCUAAACAUAUCCACACUGGAAGUAAAACACAUACAUGUUAAAGGUGAGGAUAACAAAGCUGUGAAACAAUUUUCCUGAUGAUGACUUAGAUCCUCAAAUUAAACUUUUGAUAAGGGCUGAAUUUUGUACAUAAAUAUACCUUAGAGUGCAAACACACUGGGUAUAGUUUUUUGUCCUGCUUUAAUGCAAAACUGAGUGAUGAUCCUAAAUGAUCCCUUCUGUCCUUAAAAACUGUGAAAUGGAAGACACAGGUUGAAAUCCUUCCAUGUAACUGAAUAGAAGUUAUAUAUGCAAAACUAAGGAAGAAGUAAUUUCUAAUUAGAACUAUAUGAGGGAAACUUCUAGCUUAUCUUGAGUUUUCUAAAAGACGUUUUCAGUAAAACAUGUUUUCAAAGAGUGGGUUUUUUCAGAUAUGGCUUAGGUUUCAGUAAGUCGAGAGUGGAAGUUGCACAGUAUGGAGCAUCUUCAAGAUAAACUUGUAGUUUGUGGGCACAAAUGUUCAAAAAUUGGAAGGGUUAUUUACUUUAAAUCUUCAUGUCUUGAUGAAAAGACAACUUUAAUACAGACUGUUACUCUUUCCUAUAUAGGAGGUUAUAAUUAGAACGAAACAGAAAAUUCAGGCAAGGGGUUCUUGGAAGAGUGUGUGGGAGAUUACAGGUACUGAUUAGUCAUAGAUUAUCUGGGUGGUAACAGUUGAAAAUCAGUAAUUAAAGCUUAAAAUACCAACCAACAUCACAAUGGGUGAUGUUGUUACAAAGACUUGUGCUUGAUCACUUGCAGCUGAGUAUUAUAAUGCUUUCCAUGCUUGGGGCCCGCUGGUGUGAUACCUAUCCCACUAGCAGCUGCUUUAGAGAAAGUUCUCUUCCGGUACCAGAGAGAGAUGCACUUCAGCCCUGAAACCCAGCGUUCUGUAUUAGUUCCAAAAUGUAUCUGCAUUAACAUUAUUUAUUUAUUUAUUCUAACUCAUUGUCAUCAUGAAUAGGAUCCCUUCGUGUGUCUUCACUAGUUAGUGAAAUGAGCUCUCCAUUAUUCUCUGUGAUACAAGAAUAGCCUUAAUUGUGGGCACCUGUACUGUAGCUUCAUUCAUUUUCUGGACAAGGCAGAAAGUGUUCAAGCAAUGAGCUGAGGUUUCUGAGAUGAUUAGCAAAGAAGGAGUCCAAGGUCCAUGCUUGAAAUCUGCCUUCUGAGUCAACAGUACUCCAUUGUGUUCGCAUUGAUAUGACUGAUACCAUCUAUAUAAUUUACAAGUAUGGUCAACAAGCAUUUUGUAUAACUAGAUAUAACAAGUAGAAACCAGAAAAAAAAAAAUUGAGAAUGAGAUGAAGCCCUGGUUAUGCCAGUGCUGUUAACGUAAAAGUUGAAGGACAUUACAUUAACAGCUUUUUAGUUCUUAAGAACCAGCAGUCUAGUGACAAUUAAAACUGUCUUUAUAAUUAGCCUGUCUACUCUGUACCUUUGUUCUGGAUUGGAGCAAACUUCAAUUUCAGACUUGGCUGAUUAUGUAUAUAUUUUUAGUAGCUUUCAGCUUUUUUGCCAGAAUUUGCCAGAACAAGUACAAAUAUUUACUUACCUAGAAACAGUCUUAGUACAAUAAAAGAGAUUGAAAAAAAUCUGAGAAAGUGUUUCUACUGCCAAGUGUUUUGAUAUAAUAUCAUUGCAUGUUAAAUUAAAAUUUUUCUUUUAAGCUACAUCUAUAUUGUUUUUAUUUUCAAUAUGUUCAAUAUUUUCAACAUCCAGUAUUUCAAUAUUUUCAAUAUUGUCAUUUAUUCAAGGCAUCUGCACAACCAGAAAGGACUAGUUCUAUAUUUUGUUAAUUUCUACUUUUAUGAAAAAUAAAUGUUUAUAGCUAAAAAUAAGCCAUUGUUUCUGGGUGAAUUGAAUUAGACCUGGGUUUUUUUAUUGUUCUUUCAUAUUCUUUGGAUUUGUUUCAUACUACUUGUAUAUACAUUUGUGUACAGAGAACAUGCAGACAUAAUAAACUGCUUAUAUAGAUGAGCACUAUUGUUACCCAUCAUGAGAAGAUCUCCUAUACACUUCAUAAACUGCUUUGAAUAUUCAUUUACAGGAAAAGAAACUAAUGAAGAUACCAAUAUCUCACCUCAGUAUGGUGAGUUAUUCUGGUGCUUCUUAGUAUAAUACUGAACCCACACUUUUUUUCUUCCACAACUAAACAACACAAACCACACAAACAAUGGCAAACAGAUGCUAAAUUCACUGAAGUAUUAUUAAAAUACAGAAAUUUUGUUCCAGGAACCACUGAUACAAAGAAUCCUGUGGCCAACACUGAGCAAAAUGAACAGUGUGUCCUCUUCAUGAGAAAAUAAGAAUUGUUCCUAAGUUGGAUAGAAAAAUGCUACAAGAAUAUAUGGUGUAUUAGCUUAAACCACAUUUGUGAAGUUAAAAUAGUUGCUGAUUUUGUGUUUUCUGGGUGUAUUCUCAUAGGCUAGGAAAAAGCAAACAUUUAUUUUAUAAGCUAAGGGUUACAUAUGUGCAUUCAUUUUGAAUACUGGUAUUUAGGUUAUGUAUGGUUAUAUACAGAUAAACAACUUUUAAAAGUAAAAAACUGUCUUUCAUAAAGUAUGAGCAUUUCUCAUUUCUUAUUUCUUAUUUAUUUCUUCUUACAAACUUCCCUCUCACUGCUCUUCUUACCAAACCUUCCAACAGUGGAUAUAAUGCUGGGUUACAUGGGGGAGGCACUAGUUGGUCAGUAGUUUUAAUAAAGUUGGAAACUAAGUUCACUGUAAUGUGAUGAAGUUUGUAUCUGGUUAAAUUUAAUUGUUUUCUAUCAAUACUGUUUCUUUCAUUGUCCUUCCAUUCUAGGAUUUUCCUUUUUUCUUUUCACCUUUAUUGCUUCAACAUCUGUUACUUGAAGCCCAUCUAAUCACUCAGCUAUUCCAUAAGCUAUUGUUAGUGUUGGUGCCACCUACAAACUUCCUGAAUUCAAGACAAAGAGUGAAAGAAACUGUCUUCCCUUCCCUCACCCUGGCUUGUAUUCAUGACUCAGAAAUUUAUAUUUUUCCUUUGGUUUUAGGUAGACUAGAAGGUCUUGAGAAACAUCAGUCUUGUCUCAGGCAACAAUUGCCAUGGUGUUCACUUGCAAUGACUCUUCCCUAUUGUGAGGAGAAUUUCUUUAGAACAGCUGAACACUGAGCCAUAGUUUGAAAAAAACCAAAAAGUAAUGUGAGUAAACACUUAUCUUAAUUUCUGUGAUAGUAAAACUGAUUUAUAAAUAUUUUAUGAGGUAAGACAAAUUACAUAAAGGAACUUCUGAGUGGUUUUCAAGCAUAAGAUGAUGACUAUCCAACAGGAAAGGAACAUUCCAAUAUGCUGGGGUCAGAAGUCAAUGACCGAAGAAGUGACAUGCGAUACGUAAGUCCGUUUCCUGCAAGGUGAAUAGCGUAACUGUCAAAAGAUUAUUUUUCAAUUUAAAAUCUUAUUUUUUUCCAUUAAAAUAUUACUUGGUGUUCUGUGGUGUAAUACUACAUAAUAUUUCAUUUGGGAUAUUUAAAUUUAUAGUUUAACAUAUGUAAUUGGACUGUAUAUGCUUUGGCCUGGAGGAGACAUUGUUAGUAAAAGUAGCUCAUGUUUUUUGAGCCCAGUGUCUUUGGGAACCUAAAGGAGCAAACAGACAAUAUACAUAAUACAGCCUGGUACCUCUCCGGGACAUAACCAAACAAUAGGCAGUGAAGAGCGUAGUAACUGAUUUAUGCAUCUAUUUAGUGUAAAAGGAAGUAACAUAACUGAAGCUGACUUGAUGGCCUAGUAGCUACACUUUACUGUUUAAAUACCUUCAGUAAAGCUAGGCUGCCAGCGUUCCUAAGGAUGAACACAAGAGCAUUUUUUCCCCAUAUGUUUUUUAACUUAAAAAUGAGCAACAACAUAUACAUCCUUCUGAAGCCCCCUCUUUUUCUUGCCCAAGAUACUCGUAUCUCCUACUGUGACUAAGUUCUUGAUUAUAAUUAAUGUUAUUGUUGAAUAGUCUUGAUGGUUACCCUACAUCCCAAUUAUUUUUUGGAAACACAGCCAGAUAGUCAGCAAUGGAGAGGUGGUGUGAGGGAGAAGUAUGUAGUAAGAUAGGAGCAAUUAAUGAGGUUUUAGAUCACAUUUUCCAUAUAACUGAAUAUUUUUUUUCAACCCAUAUAAGCUUUCAUGCCAGGAAUAUCUCAGGACAAUAAAUGUCACAGAUUAAUUCUGUAAUAUGUGAGAAGGCUCUUGCGAAGGUACAUUUCUCAAAACAUAAGAGCCUUUGCUGUCCUAAAAUGGAAGUAAUGCAUGAGUUCUUUCUGUUCUGUUUUAAUGUAACCAGAUUUCCAGCCCUUAGGAAACUUUCUGCUAACAGGUGAAUUUCGCAAUCCUGAACUAAUACGAAGCUUAUUCCAGAGACAUAUAUUAAUAUAUAUAACUCUACGUUAAUAUGUGUAACUCAGACAAUUUCAACAGCAUUCAUUUAUUUUAAUUCAUUGACAGUCUUAAUAUAUGUGAUAUUGUUGGGAGUGACAUGUGAGGCCAGUGAAGCUGAAUAGACUGUGGUAAUUUUAGAACACUGACAUUUUUUAUUACAGCACCCUGGCAUUAAUUCAUUGGCAAAGAUGCUUUAUAUAUUGAAAUUCUACACAAAUUACAUGCAAAAUGUAGUCCUUUCAUAUGUCAAUAUGCUGCCUAUGGCUGUAAUUAUAGCAAUGUGCACACGUCACAUUAAUAACAUGGAGGAAAUCUGCAGUACCGCAGGAUUCCCUUCUAUUUGCCGUAAUUGCUGCGAUUAGUAAAAGGACAAAUGCUGCAUUUGCUUGGUCCAUCAAAACAAGUUAUACAGUAUUUAAGGAAUAAGAGUUAUAUAGUUACAUUUUUCACUAAGAUGUGAAGUUCAGCAGGGUUCCUACUAAAAUGAUGCCUACAUCCUCUCCCAUUCUGCUGUAGAAAUGAAAUUAAGCCAUUUGUCAGGUUGGUAGAGCUCAUAGGAAUGUCCUUGUCAUCUCAGAGUGAGUUUUCUAAAGAGUUUUCCUAUUCCUGGGUAAUUGAUUCACCGAUCCUUUGAAAACCAGCAAAUUGCAGAGUGCAGUUAUUCAUGGUAUUUGUGAGCGGGCAACUUGCUUUUGUUCUCACAGCAGGUACGUAGGUGGGAGAAACAACAAGAUAAGCUGCAGUAAGUCUUGCUGGUUCACUUAAAAUUAAAAUCAAACAAAUAAAUAAAAAUCCUGUAACUGAAGAGGGCUUGCUGCAUGUGCUUAUCAUGUUCUGUGUCUGGUUAUGCCAUUUGGAAAUCGCCUUCGCUCCUAUUCACUGAGAAUGGAAGUUAGGAUACUACUAUAUGAGCAUUCUACGUCAUAAAAGAUUGCAUUUGUCUGUGGAGAAAGUUUGAUAUGCAGUUGUCUGAGAUCAUGAAUCCAAUCAUUAAAUGAAAAUAAGAGUUUUGAGAAGUUCCCAUUUUUAUCACUCUACUUUUUAUUUAAUUUCUUCUGUUACUUAUUUUCCUGGGAGAUGUACGUAUGCCUGUCAGCAAUCGUUUACUCUCUUGCAAGUAUCCCUCCAUGGUAACUCUUCAAACUGAUUAAAAAUGAUUGAUUAUCUCCACAAAUUCUUGAGCUCAGAUCCUUGCUUGAUCGUGCCAAGUUCUUUAACUAAGUGUAGAAUGGAAUAAAAAAAAUUAAAACCCAUUUGCUUAUUUCAUCAGGAAGUUCAUCAUGCCUCUGGUUUUGCUAUACACAGUCUGUCGUCACGUUAGCAUGGUAAACUACUUCAGUUUGAAUUACCCCAGUUCUCCAGUUCCUGUGAGGGGUCUUUCUUCCAUGCAUAUUAUCAUUCUUCAGUAAGCAGGGAGUCACUGGAUUAGGAGCAUUGUGCAUGGACUUUUUUUGCUCCUUUAUUAAAAAUCGUCAACAGACAGGGAAUCGAAUUUGAGCCAAAAUGGCAGACUUGUAACACAUGAGAGAACAAUAAUAGUGAUAGGUGCUUCGGGAGGUUUUAAGACAUGAAACUGUAGCAGGUUUGGUUGGUUGGUUGGUUUCUGUCUGAGUAUCUCAGCAAGCUUCUAACAAGCAUCUAACUACCCAGCUCUGGUACUAUCACUGUCCCAUGUUAUCAGUUGGCACAGCAUCAGGAUGGGUAGGAGGGGAAUAAUGCUACUACAGAAGUGUUUGAAAAAAGGACUUAGCAAUUCUUGCUAGCAGUUACUUCAAAAAUAGUAAUCCAAGUGCUUUGUAGACAGAAAAAUUCUUUGAUGGCAGCGGCAUGACUGAAAGCACAGGUAACGCUCUGGUGUCAGGGGUAAAAGCAGAGGUUGAGACUUGAGUUCCCAUCAGUGACUUUGCCACCACUGAGCAACUCGUUUACAAGCCAGAGGCGGUUUGCAACGCUUAGUCUUAAGAAGGGAAGUGAAUUCUCCUUUGAAAUCAGCCAUAGUGCCCUGUACCAAUUAUUACCUGUUGCUUUGUAAUACACUAAAUGUUUCCUUUUGUUACUAUCACUCUGUAAUAUACAUAUUAAUGUAAGAUAUAGCCAGUAUAAUGUAAAUCUUCUCACAGCAGCUUUCAACAGUUAUAAAUCAUCAAGUGUGGUUUUAAAUGUUAGUUUCUCUCAACAAAUUGAAACAAUUCACCCUGUGUUUGUACACAUUAAUCGGUUAGAAUGAAUUCUUAGUUUCAAUUUGUAAUCAUAUACAUAACACCGAAUUAUAUAUAGAUAAACCUAUUCUGUGUUUGUUUGGAGAUUGAGCAAAUCCCAGAAUUAAAUGCUGGAAGCUAUUCUUUCAUUAUCUGAGGAAUUAUUUUUAUUAGUGGAACAAAUCUGGAGGUAGUUAGCUUUGUUUCACAGAGAAAAUUAUGUGAAAGUUAGAGGACAUGCGUAUUAUCAUGUGUUUCUGCUUUUCAGUCAUUCAUAUAAAAAUAAAUUUUUGAAAUGAAAAUUCCUAUAAUUCUUCUUUGCAUAACGUUGCAUAUUUGGCAAUGUUAGUUUGAUAAAUAUCUUCUGUAAUUUAUGAAGUAAAAUAAAAGGUAUUUUGGCACAAAUCUGAGAGUUGGGGUUUUUGCGUACUUGAGUCCUAAUAAUAGGACUGAUUUUUUUAAAUGCUUAGCCUUCAUCACCCAAGAGUUUGUACAUACUUGCAUGUACUUGCACUUUGUAUUUUUGAGACCAUUUAUUUACAUUUUGCACUUCACUCAAGCUGGUGUAUUCAGUUAAUUAUCUUUUUUUUAUCGUCAGUAUCGGUUGCCAGUUCUCAGCCUUACUAAAGCAAGGCUGUUCCCUUUGAGCUCACCACCUUGUAGGAAACAUCACCAGCAUUUUAGAACCCAAGAUUUUGUCAAUCUAGCUCUAAGGAAAAUUAUGAUGUUUCUAUUACUACAGGCUUACUGCUUCACGGGAUUUGUUGAUCCAACUCAGAUGCUAAUACAGUGAAGUUUUGGAAGGUGGGAGAAUGAUAUGGCUGGUGUACCUGUCACUGUGGAAAUCUGUCAGUCGUGACAGUUUUCAUUAACUUCCAGUGCAAUGAUAUUGUAAUGGCACGGUGAUGUUCAUGUUGACUUCGUAACAGCAUCCCCCUAGAAAAUCUGAGUGGAAGAAUUUUUUUUCACCGCAGUCUGAGCUAUCCCAGCUUUUUCAGUUGGUGCAAAUGUGGCACAGAAUAGGUGGGGAUGAAAGAGCCUGUUCUCUAUGGACAGUGUUUCCCCCCAAAAAUAUCAUUUUUCUAUGGAUGCGCUUGAAAAAAUUUCUGUUUCUAUUCAGUUCUCAUAUUUGCACAAAGAAGUAGUGUUUUGAUGAAAAAAAAGAAAUUCGGGGUUUUUUGUAAAAUUGCUCACAUAAGGUAGUAAUGCAGAGAACAGUUAGAGUGCUUGCAUGUAUUAUCCAUCGUAAUGAAAUAUAUUCUUCAGUAGAUUUUAUACAUCUUGCACUGCUGAAAUAGAGACUGUUUACAUAAAAUGAUAACUACUAAAAUAUGUGAAAUACAUUCAAUAACGUGAGGCCUAGAACUUGCCAAGAAGAAUAUGUACUAAUUCCUAUCCACCUCCAUUGUUACCUUAAGAGCAGCUCUCUCCAUAGCAACUGAAAACUUUUCAAGGCAGCAAUAAACUAAUCCUCUCCAGCUUCCAGAGCACCAUCAAGGAAUUUUAAAAACAUUGGACUUCCAGCAGCUAAAUACUUCUGAGGAUUCAGAAGGCCGCAAAGCUAGAUACACAAGCAUUCUUUUUCCCUUCAGAAGAUUCCUCAGGUUUCAAGUUUAAGCUGUGAAGUGCAAACAACAAUCCAACAUUCAGUGCAGCUCACGCACUGCAGGAAGAGGAGAUGUGUUUUCUGACCAAGCCUCCAGCUCUUGGGGUGGUAUGUUCUGCUUUCAUAUUCAGCGUGCUCAUUGCUGAAGGACAGCCUGGGGAAGAGCAUGGGCAGGAUGGCAGCUAUGCUCCCAGCCGAGGCUAUCUGAUGGAAGUUUUACGCGUUCUUUCAGCUGACAACACUGAGCUCCACAUGAACCACUCACGAGAACUGGUCAAAAUGUUACUGGAGAGAGCUGAGUGCCCACAGCGGAUUUAUGGCAUGCAAGAGGAUUGUAAUCUGUGCCUUGAACCAGAUGCUUUGUUACUAAUAGCUGGUGGAGAUUUGGAAGACCAUCUCAGCGAAGAAGUAUUUGAGAGAAUUUCUCUUAUUCUCCUCUACUACAUUCUUCAUCACAGAAAUGUGUGUUCUUCAGACCUCAGCUUGGAUAAUAAGGAUUAUAAAUUUUACCUACAGAGUAUGCUCAGUUUAAGACAUGAUGAAGACUGUUAUUAUUUUUCACGGAAUGAAACUGAAGAUAUUUUGGCUGCAGUACGGCAACAUUUUAAAACUUCUGAAACCCAGUGUGUUGAUGUGAGUACUCUGGAGAAAAAUGCUGAUAUAAUGGACAGAGAUGGUGCUGAUGAAAACACUCUUCCACGCCUGGCUGCUUUAAUCAUUACUCUGGCUCUCCAAGGAGUCUGUAUGGGGAAAGCAAGUUUGCCCUCCCCGGAAUUCUUUAUAAAAUAUAUUUUCAAUUCUCUAAACAGUACCACUGAGCUCCAAGUGACAGAACUAGAACAACUCCUAAACAUGCUUACAGCCACAAAGACCUGCACUGUAAAUGGACAAUUCCACAGUCACAAAAGAAGACGUCACAGUAUGGCAGGAGAUACUGGAACCAGAAAUAUUCCAGUCAAAGGAAACCACACAAAAGGAGGCUAUCUGAAAGGUUAUUUUGAAGAUCGUGAAAGGAACACAGAUUGGGAUCAGGUUUGUUUCUCUGCAAAUGAACUUGUGAAGAUAUUUUUAAAAAAUAGUUCUUCUUCCAUUUCCAAGGACCACUUCAAGCAAAUCAGCCCAGCUAUCAUUCAGCAACUAUUAAGUUGUUCAUGCCAGCUUCCUGACUUCAAGCAGACAAAGCUUCCACCAACAACUCUGGAAAAAUAUGGCUACAGCACCGUUGCUGUUUUACUUAUUACUGUUGGAUCUAUGUUUGGUACAACCCUCAUUUUAUUUAACUCCUGUCAAGAAAUCUAUACACUCAUUUUACAGUUGUUUGUUGGUUUGGCUGUUGGGACCCUUUCUGGAGAUGCAUUGCUGCACCUUAUUCCUCAGACUCUUGGUUUACAUAAACAUGAAGCACAAGAGGUAGAACAUUUCUAUGAGGGGAAAGAAUAUAUUUGGAAACUUUUGGGAAUAAUUGGAGGAAUUCAUGGAUUUUUUCUCAUAGAAAAAUGUUUCUUUCUUUUGGUAACACCACGUGACCAGCAGGGCCUUUCUUUAGUUAAUGGGCACUGGGGACAUUCCCAUGAUCUUCCAGUGGAAUCUGAAUUAAAUGAACAUUCAGGCAGAGGCAAAUCUACUUCAACCAUACAGUUGAGAAGCCCAGAAGAUUCUGAGUCUGCUGAAGUUCCUCCAGAGAGUAAGGCGAUCAGCAAAAAAAGUAAGAAAAUUAGCUUGUUAGCAAUAAUGGUUCUGGUGGGUGACAGUCUUCACAAUUUUGCUGAUGGCUUGGUAAUAGGAGCAGCAUUCUCGUCCUCAACAGAAACAGGCGUGACAACGACUAUUGCUAUUUUAUGCCAUGAAAUUCCUCAUGAAAUGGGAGAUUUUGCUGUGCUGCUAAGUACAGGGCUCCCAACGAAGAUUGCAAUUUUGAUGAAUUUUAUAAGUGCACUAACAGCAUUCUUAGGACUUUAUAUUGGCCUUUCUGUAUCAACUGACCUGUGCAUUCAAAACUGGAUUUUUACUGUUACAGCUGGAAUGUUCUUGUAUUUAUCUUUAGCAGAAAUGCUUCCUGAAAUGACUCAUAUUCAGACACGGCGACCCUGGUUGAUGUUUCUCCUACAGAACCUUGGAUUACUAUUAGGCUGGCUCUGCCUCUUACUUUUGGCUGUAUAUGAACAGAAAAUUAAAAUAUAAGUUUUCUGUUGGAAAUCUCGAAGUACCACUUAUGACAGUGGAUAGCAUUAUUCACAAAUUUGUCAUGUCUGCUAUAGUGAUAUAUAAAUUAAGUUGCUGGGAUUUUUAUAUCUGAACAGUAGAUAACUAUUUCACUUUAUUAACUUAUUGUUCAGCUUUUGUAAUUUUUUUUUUUGUAAACAUGAAUGUUUAGAAUUAUGUUUUAUUUGUUACUGAGUUCACCAGAGCCCAUGCUCAAACUCACAGGAGCUUUUGAUUAGUUUUUAUUGAGACUGUUCUAGCUGAAUGCUCUAAGUGAUCUCUGCCAGUCUGAUUGAAGAAAAGAAGAAAAGAAUAAAACACUUUUAUAUGCAAUAAUUAAAGUGGACUAACCA